CGCAAUUGUUCUCUCUCGUUAAACCCCCUUUCUGUAUUCGUCCAGUCAACAGAAUUCAGAUUCUCUCCGCUUAUGGCUUCAAUGGAGAAGACGAGGUCUUCCUUGUUUCGGACUCGCGAAAAGCCCGAAAUCCCACUUUAAAAACCCGAUUCGCGACCCGUUUUACAGAAGAAGAACCAAAGAAAUCAAUGGAGCUUCCGUUUAUUUCUCUAUCUUCAAACACUUCAGCGAUGUCGUUUGCUGCUAGACUCGGAUUCUGCUCCAAGAUUUCCCAUUUUCCGGCGAGGAAGCGGGCCCCCACCUUCGCCGGCGGGAGGUUCCCGGCGCCGUCCGGCGUUAGGGCUUCGGUGGAGCGGAGGAGUGAGAGGCUGGAGGAGGGGCAGCCACGUGGGGGGUUCACGGGGCCGGCCAUGGAGGUGACCACACUGGAUAGGAGUUUCGGAGAAACAGAGUUCCCUGUUUGGGAAAAGAUUGGUGCUGUUGUGAGGCUCAGCUAUGGUGUUGGAAUCUAUGGAGCAAUGGCUCUGGCUGGGAGAUUUAUAUGCUCAAUAUCUGGGAUUGAUUGGAUGGGAGGGUUUCAGCCAUCUUUGGAUGCUAUUUUGGAAGGACUUGGAUAUGCUGUCCCUCCAAUUAUGGCCCUCCUCUUCAUUCUUGAUGACGAAGUUGUGAAGUUGUCACCCCAUGCUCGAGCGAUCCGAGAUGUCGAAGACGAGGAGCUUCGGAGCUUCUUUUACGGAAUGUCUCCAUGGCAGUUCAUUCUUAUCGUUGCCGCAAGCUCAGUCGGGGAGGAGCUCUUUUACCGUGCAGCCGUUCAGGGAGCACUGGCUGAUAUAUUCUUAAGGAGUACUGAUAUCGCCGCAGAUGUUCAAGGAAUGGCAUCUCUGACCGGCGUGCUGCCUCCAUUUGUGCCAUUUGCACAGGCAUUUGCAGCGGUUAUCACAGCUGCUCUCACGGGUUCCCUCUACUAUGUUGCUGCAUCGCCGAAAGAUCCCACUUAUGUAGUUGCUCCGGUUUUGCAAUCUCGGUCUGGUCGUGAAGAUCUCAAAAAGCUUUUCGCAGCGUGGUACGAGAGAAGACAAAUGAAGAAGAUAUACUCUCCCCUCCUCGAAGGACUCCUUGCUCUCUACCUCGGUUUCGAGUGGAUCCAGACUGAUAACAUUCUCGCACCGAUCAUCACGCAUGGUAUAUACUCGGCCGUGAUACUGGGGCACGGACUUUGGAAGAUCCACGACCACCGGAGACGAUUGCGCCACAGAAUCCAGCAGCUUAAGAUGGAAGGAAAAAGCUCAGAUAGUUUGUGAAAAAAAAAAAAAAAAGUUGAUAUAGAGACCAACCAAAAUUUGUAAAUUAUAUCUUGGCAGAGCCAAUUUUCAACUGUCCAUACAAGAAUUGAAGUAUAUAUAUAUAGAUCAAGAAACUUAUAGAUGUGAAUAUGAAGAAAACAAUUAUAGUGUCAUAUUUUAGAUGCUGGGGAAGAUUUUGGA